GCUUUCCCCUCCGCCUUGUUCAUACUUUCAUUCACCUUUAUCUAUUCAUCUUUCACCAUGUCUCAGAAUCCUCGGGAGCAGUGGGAGAGACUCCAGCUCCUUCUGCAGAGCCGUGGCGGCUCGCAGCUCAAGCGUUUCGGUGGCGGCGGUGGUGGACGCGGCCUCGGAGCUGUAGGCGCACUGUUGGCCCUUGGUGGAGGCGUCUUGCUCCUCUCUGACUCUCUUUUCAACGUCGACGGUGGUCACCGUGCUAUUAAGUACUCCCGCUUCGGUGGUGUGCAGAAGGAGAUCUAUUCCGAAGGAACCCACUUCCGUAUCCCCUGGGUCGAAACCCCGAUUGUCUAUGACGUGCGCGCGAAGCCGCGCAACAUCGCUUCCCUUACCGGUACCAAGGACUUGCAGAUGGUGAACAUUACCUGCCGUGUCCUGUCCAGACCUCGCGUGGAUGCUCUCCCUCAAAUAUACCGUACCCUCGGACAAGACUUCGACGAGCGGGUGCUGCCGUCCAUCGUCAACGAAGUUUUGAAGAGUGUGGUGGCCCAGUUCAACGCCAGUCAGCUUAUUACUCAGCGUGAGAACGUUGCUCGUCUUGUACGGGACAAUCUUGCCCGCCGUGCUGCUCGCUUCAACAUCGCUUUGGAUGAUGUCUCGCUAACGCACCUUACCUUCUCCCCCGAAUUCACGGCCGCCGUCGAGGCCAAGCAAGUCGCCCAGCAGGAAGCUCAGCGAGCUGCGUUCCUGGUUGAUAAGGCUCGUCAAGAGAAGCAAGCAUUCAUUGUUCGCGCUCAGGGUGAGGCCCGCUCCGCCGAGCUGAUCGGAGAUGCUAUCAAGAAGAGCAAGAGUUACAUUGAGCUGCGCAAGAUCGAGAACGCGCGACACAUCGCCCAGAUUCUAGGUGAGCACAGCGGCAAGAACAAGCUGUAUCUGGACUCGCAGGGCUUGGGUCUGAAUGUGAAUGCCGGAGGAGAGGAGAAGCAGUAAGGGCCAGUCGUGCAAGGGCCGGUGGGAGGUGAUCGGAUGCGACUUUAAUAGUUUUUCUUUCAACAUGGGCCUCGGCGCUAGCAGUUGGUCGCGCAUGGCCACGGAGAGGGGGGGAGUUUUUUUGUACAAAUAGUCAGUUAUUUGCAGGAUUCUCAGAGCAACCAGGCGAACCGUUUCUCUUCUCUUUUCAUUGUGAUAAGCUUGAAUGUUAUGCAAGUCUGCUC